CUCUGUUUCUCUUUUUUUUUUCUUUCUAUUAUAUAUAGUUAGAUUCUUGUUGUUGAUUUUCAUAUAGAAAAAAUGGAAGAAGUAGAGAUACCCCAAUAUUUCUUGUGUCCUAUAUCACUACAAAUCAUGAAAGAUCCUGUUACAACAGUCACUGGAAUUACUUACGACCGUCAAAGUAUUGAACAAUGGUUGUUGAUGGCAGACAAAAAUACAACUACAUGUCCAGUGACAAAACAAUCUUUGCCUAGAGAUAUCGAGUUGUUGACACCAAAUCAUAUGCUCGGGCGAUUGAUCCGAUCCUGGACCAUUGGCAAUGCUGAGAAUGGGAUUGAGCAAAUACCAUCGCCCAAAUAUCCUAUGAACAAAUCACAUGUCAUCAGGCUAAUUCGCCAGGUGAAUAAUCGCGAGCUUUAUGUAGAAGCGUUAAGGAAAAUGGGUAACAUGGUCAGUGAGAACGAGAAAAAUAAGAAGUGUUUGAAUGAAGCUGGUGUAAUUAAGGCCAUGGUUUGUUUCAUAUUGAGGAGUUUUAAGGAAGGAAAAUUAAUUGUGGGAAUUGAAGAAGCUUUGAGGAUUUUCCAUCUUGUUUGGAGCCCAACACAUGAUAACAAGCAAGUUGUCAAGGAAAAUCAUGAUCUAAUUGAAGCUAUUUUAUGGAUUUUGAAGAGAGAAAUGAUCAACAACAACAACAAUCAAGUUGUAAUAAUCAAGAGUACUCAUGCAAUUAUGGUCCUGAAAAAUGUGAUCUCAGUAUCAAGUUCAAAUCUAUUAUCGAGUCUAACACCCGAAUUUUUCCAAGAAAUGUUGAAUAUUUUGCGCAAAAACAGCAAAACUAAGGUGUCUCAACAAGCUACAAAAGCAGCUUUACAUGUGCUAAUAGAUGCAUGUUCAAGAGGAAGAAACAGGCUUAAAAUGAUAGAAUUGGGGGCUAUUUUCGAGCUAAUUGAACUCGAAUUAAGCAACAAUGAGAAAAGGGUAACUGAAUUAGUGUUCUGUCUUUUGUUACAUUUGUGUAGUUUGGCUGAUGGGAGAGCAGAAUUACUUAAACAUGCAGCUGGAAUUGUAGUGGUUUCUAAAAGGAUACUUAGGAUAUCUUCAGCUACAGAUGAUAGUGCAAUUCAGAUUCUUGGAUUGAUUUCUAAAUUUUCUGCUACAAAAGAAGUGCUAAUAGAGAUGUUAAGAGUUGGGGCUGUCUCAAAACUUUGCAUGGUGAUUCAAGCUGAUUGUAAAGCCUUUAUAAAGAAAAAAGCUAUGGAAAUUUUAAGGGCACAUUCUAAUGUUUGGAGCAAUUCUCCUUGUGUACAAAUUUAUCUACUCACAAGAUAUCCUGGACAAUAGAGCUUUAGAAUCAAUUCAACACACUUCUAAAUUUCAAUUCUUUUGUUAUGAUAUAUGUACAAAUUGUAGCAACAACAAAUUAACCUUUUUAUUCUGCAAAACAAUAUGCAAAAUACAUACAUUGAAACCCCAUACAAAUAUG